UUUGCAGAUAAAUAUAAGCUCUCGCCCACAAGUGGCGAGGUGACACCGUCGGCAAGGGCAACACUGCCUCAGUAGGGGACAGGAGGAGGAGAAACAUGGAGGAUCCCAUGAAAAGCAAGCUGGACCCUGCUCAUUCUAUGCCAUUCACAGUCCAAUUGACUCGCGGGGAUUCUCCAAGCCUAGGUUUCUCUGUUCUCGGAGGAGCCGGCUCUGAAUUACCACCUGUCAUCUACGAAAUACUCGAAAACACUCCUGCCUCCAAUUGCCACCAGCUGCAAGCUGGAGAUGUCAUCGAGGCUGUGAAUGACCGGGAAGUCAUUAAAUGCACGACAAAAGAGGAUCCCCAAGUGAAAGAUCAAGUAGCAAAGUACUUGAAUUCCACUCCAGAUUUGGACUCUCAUCGGAAUGCAAUAUCUCGGAAAGACCUGCGAGGGGUUAGGGAGAUCAUUGCUCGUCGUCAAGUAGAAGUCAUGGCCAAUGGAACUGACAGUGCCAUCAAGCCUCAUACCAAUGGUGAUACUAUUGCAACAGAAGAUGAUGGGCCCCAACAGCCAAAGUUUGAAGCAUUCAUGAUGACUGGUGAUAAGAUUCUGAAUUUGUCUAAAGUGUCAAGUGGAGAGUUGGUGAGUCGACCACGUGGGAGUCGUCUCCCAGUUCGUAGUGGACGAUAUCGCUCUCCAUAUACCCCACCUGCGACUCAUCAGGAUCAUAGUGCCAAGCAUUCUCCAUUGGUAUCCAAUGGAGAUGUGAGCCCAAGCCCAUUGCGUAUGUCAAAAUCAGAUGAUCGAGUGAAUGCAAGUGGAGUGAGUAGUCCAGAUACUGAGACAGAAGAAGAUCGCCAGUCUCUCCUGAAUCAGUAUACAAGCUAUGACACUUCCUCACCUGAUCAACAGUUGAACAGCAGCUCCCUCUCCCAGUCAUCAAGUGUUUCAAGCAGUCCUCAAAAGUCACCUGUCCAAGCCCAUGAACUUCUGUCUGAAGAUUCAGAUGUUCAGCUCAAUGCAGACACAGACAAGAAUCUAGUCACUGUGACAGAGGAUCAUCGGAUAGUUCUUUCUAUUCGUGGCCCUGAUUCUCAAAGCCCUUCAGCUUCUGCCUCGGGCAGCUCUGGACCUAGCUCACCUGAUAGUAGGAAGUACAGGUAUCAGGAGCUGACAGAUGGCGAGGAGGACAUGAGCCGAAGCUCAGGUCGUGAAGACACAGGUGAAUACACCAUGGUACCCAGUGGAAACAGAAAUGUAGAUACUUGUAAAGAAGAAAUUCCCUUGGCUGGGAAUGCCCCAAGCCUGUUGGAAUCAGGAUCUGAUUCUGACCUGGAAUCUCUCAAAAGCUUCUCUGCCAGAACAGCUCCAGCUCCCAAAGCCGUUGAUCUGCCGUCAGCCAUUCGUCUUGCCAAUCGUCUGUACCAUCUUGAUGGAUUCAAGAAGACUGAUGUCUUUCGUCAUCUCUGCAAAAACAAUGACUUCUCAAGAACAGUUGCAGAGGAAUAUUGUUACCACUUUGACUUUAGUGGAGAGAAUCUUGAUGUUGCCUUGCGGAAGUUCCUCUUGCAACUCCCUCUCGAGGGAGAAACACAGGAGCGGGAGAGGGUUCUCUCCUACUUCGCUGACAGAUACCUUCUGUGCAACCCUGGUUCCUUUGCCUCUUCUGAUGCAGUACAUACAUUGACUUGUGGACUCAUGAUCCUCAACACAGACCUUCACAGUCAGGUGGAGAGUCGGCACAUGAGUUUGAAUGUCUUCAUUGAACAUCUAAAAGGCCUGAAUGAUGGCGAAGACUUCCCUAGAGACCUCCUUGUUGCUUUAUACCAGUCAGUGAAGAAGGAACCCUUCCGCACUCCUACAGAGGAUGAAGAGGAAGGAGGUAGACGGGGUGGGACAAAGAGAGAGGAGGAGAAAGAGGACUACAAGAGAACAUUGGGUCCCAAUCCAUUCUUGGACAUCCCUGACCCAUCAAAAGCCCAUGAAUACAAGAGGGGGUUCAUCAUGCGCAAGGCCUGCAUGGACCCUGAUGGAAAGAAGACUCCAAGGGGAAAGCGAGGCUGGCACAUGUGGUAUGGUGUCCUUCGAGAUUUGGUCCUCUAUGUCUACAAAGAUCAGUGCUCUGCUGUGAAAGAGCAACCUCGCACUUGUGUUCGACUGCAUCAUGCUCUUGCUGUACGGGCUUGUGACUACACCAAACGCCAGCAUGUCCUUCGCCUCUUCACUGCAGACCAAGCUCAGUGUCUCAUCCAAGCCAGUGAUAAUCGUGAGAUGGAGUCAUGGAUAGAGGGAAUAAACUGGGUGGCAGGAAGGUUGAGUUCCCCUCCAUUGGCUUCACCUGUGUCAUCCAAGAUCAAGUUCCAACGCCCCCUAUUCCCGUCAUCCAUCACCAAACUCAAUGCUGUGGAGCAAUUGAAGUCUGUGGAUUUAAGACUGAGUGCCCUUCAAGAGGAAUUGGCCACUCAUUCCAAGGAUUCUCCUCCAAGGGGAACCAAGUCCUUCAUUCUUCAUGCCUACAAAGACAAGUGCAAUUUCCUCCAAUUUGAGAUCCAGAGAUUCAACACAUAUUCCAUGCUCCUUCAUUUGAGAUUGGAUGCCUCCUUGGGAAACUUGCAAGACCAUGAGCCUUCAUCUGAAAGGUACAGGGAUAGCUACAAGGCUGCCAUCUUCCAGGGUUCUUCCUAACAAAAUUGCAGAAAAAAUCCAAUAUCAUGCCCUCUUCUUCUAUGACUCACAAGCAAACUGAUUCUAGUGAUUGGGACAAGUGGAGAGAAUAUGAAGGACCAGGAUGAGUUCCUCAGCCAUAGACACAUGUGAUAUUUCCUCCUCUUAUGGACUUUCAAGUACAGUACGAGUACCCUCCUGAUCAUCAUAUGCCACCUCAUGGAUUCCCCUUCCUUUUUUUUUUUAUUCCUUGCAUUUUUUUAAAUCAGUUUUUUGUUUUGGCUUUGCAGAAGAGUGACUUAGAUCACAAUGAGUUUUAGAAGCAGACAAGUAUAAUAUUGAUUUUUGCUUGCAUAUCAUGCUUUUGUCCAGGUUUUUCCAUUGAACAGUUCUCAUAUUUGCCUGAGAUUUGGUUUCACUUGUCCCCUUAUUGUGAGAGAUCAGUCUUGUUUCCUUGACCAUUAGGAUCUCUCUCCUGCAAGUCAGUCAAGUAUCUGUGCCAGCUAAUUGUGCAAAGAUUUAGAUAUUCUUCAUCUUUUUUGUGAUCAUGCCGUGAUUUAUGAGAAUGUGGCCUGAUGAUAUUUUUGUGGGUUCAAGUGAAGAGCUAAGUUGGAUAUUUCUAACGUUUUCAUCAUGUAGCCUUCCAAAGAUUUUUGCACUGGUAGAAAGCUUAUCAGAUUCUCUCAGGCAGGAGCCAAAGCCAUAAUUGAAGGUACUAUGAAUCCAGAAAUGAUGCAAGAAAAAUCUUUGCUCCCCUUUUUUUUUUCAUUUGUUGUACACCUGAUGUGGCAGGUAUCUUUUUUUUCCAUUGAUGCAGUUUACCCUGUAAUUUAACAGAACUGUAAAGCCACAAGCCUGUUUUUAAUUAUGAAACUUGAUGGUAAUUUGUGAUUUAUCAAAGGGGCAUGAUUAGAUGGUGAAAGCAAGCAUUUCAUUAAAGCAGGAUGAUGUUAUUUUUGCAUAAUUGAAACAAAUGACUAUACAUUUUGUACCAAUUACCAGCUUCCCAUCUGUAGAUCUGCUGUUGUUUGCCUUUUGAUGUUGAUGAAUCUUUUUCGAAAUUCCUGCUUGUCUUAGUUGUCCCAUGAAGUGCUGGGCUGAAAUGCACUCUGGCUCCUAGAAGUCUCCCAUUAUUGAUAAUGAUAAUAAUCAUUUAGCCUUUAUGCAUAAUGAAUUCAGUCUGGCAAUGUGAAGAAAUGGGCCAACUGCAUGCAUUUUCUUUUGACAUGAGAGAUGAGAAGAUUUCUGGAAAUUAAUAUUGAUAUUUGUUUAAGUAAUACUGCAUGGUAAGUAAGGCUGGUUUCAUUAAUUGGUCUUUAAGGAAGGCUCUUUAUGUAUCUUGGAAGUCUUUGAUGUGAAGAUGAUCAAUGUGCAGUGAGUACAAUUAGUUUAUUCGGGAAUUACAUCUGAAGCAGCUGUUGCAUCAUGUUAACUAAGAAAAUGAACCAUCUUUUCAAUGAGUAGGUCUUCAUCUCUAAUAUGAAAGGAAAACAGAAGAAGAGGGAUGGUUACACUGAUUCCUCAGAAUUUUAGGUGUUUUUUUUUCAUCCUCUGCUCAGGCUGGUGGAUGGGGCCAUUAAGGAUAUUGAGACAUAGGAGAGGGAGGAAUUGAAUUUUCAGGAUACUCAUGUUUCUUGAUAGAUUAUGCUAUUUACAUGCUCCCAAAUAUGAAUAAUCAAAUCAAUGUUUCUCUUCCUCUUUCUCAUAAUUCCAUGACCUCAUCUCAAUGUUUCAGUUUCCUUUCCCUUUUUGUUUAUAAAUGAGGCUUCAAGUGCCUUAUGUAGGCAUGUUGGAAAAUUUCUUAAAUUUUCUUAAUUUUCAUCUUGUAACUAUUUGCAACAUCUACUGAUAUUGAUUUUUCAUGCAAAAUUGGGAGAACAUGAGCAUAUGCCAUGAGAUCUCUGCUUUCAUUGCUUCUUCUCUCAUGGAAUCAAAUUCCUCUGGGGACCCUCAUAUUUUCUUCUUCUCUAGGUGUGACUUCAAAGCUUAUCUAUAUUUUUCUUCCAUAUUUGCAUCCCAAUCGACCCGAGAACUUGUUAUCUUCAAAUAGGAUUUGACACAGAUACAUGUUACUUGCUGAUGCUUCCCCACAGUCAUAGAAUCUGUUCUCUGCAGAAAUAUGCUUUAAAAGAAUGUGUCAAAAAUUAUUGGAACUGAGGCAGUAUUAAUUGGUUAAUCUCAUGGAUUUCUUGCGUAGUUCAUUCCAAAGUGCUCAUUUUUAUGUUGUUUGUGGACCAUGCCAGUUGCCAAGCCUGACAGAAUGGAAUCUGUGACGGGAACCUUUGUUUUUUGGUAAGGACGUUUGUUGUUGCCUUUUGUCUUGAUCAAUUUGGUGCUAAUUAGGAAAGAUGUCAUGGAUGUGAUGCAGAGUGAGGAAGAAUGUACAUGUGUGCUUGUGCUCAUGUGUGCAAUGUGCCCAAUGUGUAUCAUGAGAACAAUCAUCAUAAGUGGAUUGUGUCCUGUAUAUUCUGUGACGAGGCUCUGACUUGUCACGGUGAAUAAAGCAUGGAUCCCAAGAGUGCAUGGGACAGUCCUC